GUAGGCUUUGUUGUACCUUUAUAUAUACAGAUUAGACUUUUCCUUAACGCUCUGUUACAUUUAGCUGAUUAUAGCAAGUAGACUAUAAUCUAUAUAAUAACAUAGGAUAUAUCCUAUGUUAUGUUUAUAAAUUUACUUUCCACAUGCGAUUUACUUAUCAUAAUAUCUUAAUACAAUGAUAUAAGUGUAUUAGUUCAGGAAAGGGGCUAGUGAAGGAAACGAGGAGACUGAGGAGGAUGUGAUCGGCAGCAUUCGGCUCGCGUCCUACUCAGGAUGUAAAAGGUGUGAGAUGGAGAUACUCUUGUCCAUGAUGUUGUGACCUUUGCCCUGACCUGUUUCCCGGCUUCUGAUUGGUUGAAGCGGCGCCCGUGUAAUCAUGCAGCGGGCCUAUCAGAAGCUGCCGUCACAGCUCAGAGCCAGCUCCAAGCUCAAGAAGCUCACGGCUGUGCUGUUGACCGCGUACGCAGUGAAAAAACUGUCUCCUGCUGUAUGGAGGAGGCUGCAGGCAGUUGCAGGAUGUAAACAGAAGGGUGGGACUACUCCCCAGGUGGGUGUGGUCAGCAGCUCCUCCAGCUCAGAUCUGACCAAUCACAGCAAAGUCAAGAAGAAGAGCAGAUCUCCUGCUGUGAACCGUGAGUUCUUCCUGCGUCUGUCCCGUCUCCUGAAGCUGCUGUUUCCUGGUCUCCUGUGUCCUGAGAUUGGACUGCUGAUACUGCACUCUCUUACCCUCAUGUCCAGAACCUUCCUCUCCAUCUACGUUGCUGCGCUUGACGGAGCGAUUGUGAAGUGUAUAGUCCAGAAGGAUCCACAGGCUUUCAUGUUACAGUUGGCCAAAUGGCUGCUCGUUGCUGUUCCCGCUACUUUCAUCAACAGCGCCAUCCGCUUCCUGGAAGGUCAGCUGAGCCUGAGCUUCAGAAGCCGAUUGGUGAACCACUCCUACCAGCUCUACUUCACUAACCAGACGUAUUACCGUGUGUCUAACAUGGACGGGCGACUGUCAAACCCAGACCAGUCCCUGACAGAGGACAUAGUCAUGUUCUCUGCGUCUGUGGCUCACCUAUAUUCUAACCUCACCAAACCCAUUCUGGACGUGGUGGUCACCUGCUACACCCUGUUGCGCACCGCUCAGUCCAAAGGAGCAAACACCACAUGGCCCUCUAUCAUCGCCGGCCUGGUGGUGGCGCUAACGGCCAAAGUUCUGCGGUCCUGCUCCCCUCGCUUCGGUAAACUGGUGGCGGAGGAGGCCAAGCGGAAAGGAGACCUGAGGUACAUGCACUCGAGAAUCAUCGCCAACUCAGAGGAGAUCGCAUUUUACGGAGGACACAAGGUGGAGAUGUCUCAGCUGCAGAGGAGUUACGCGGCCCUGUCCUCUCAGAUCCAUCAGAUCCUGUUGAAGAGGCUGUGGUACGUGAUGCUGGAGCAGUUUCUCAUGAAGUACGUGUGGAGCGCCUCGGGGUUAGUCAUGGUCGCUGUGCCCAUCAUCACUGCCACCGGUUACCACGAGAACGACUCUGAGGAGGUGAAGCAGGCGGCCAUCUUGAUGAAGGAGGAGGAGCUGGUGAGUGAGAGGACCCAGGCGUUCACCACAGCGAGGAACCUCCUGAACUCAGCUGCAGACGCCGUGGAGAGGAUCAUGAGCUCAUACAAAGAGGUGACGGAGCUGGCUGGGUACACGUCCCGAGUGUCUGAGUUGCUGGAUGUGUUUGAAGAUGUUAAUAAUGGCGUGUACAAACGGUCUUCAGACAGAGACGAGGAGGACAGAGAGAGUGGGAGCACAGAGGAGGAGAGGGGGGGCAGAGGGGAGCAGGCUGUGGUGCAGCACGGACACAGGGUCAGCCAGCUGCACAUCAGAGGUCAGGUGCACAGUGUGGAGAAGGGCAUCCGCUGCAUGAACCUCCCGAUCAUCACGCCCACAGGAGACGUGGUGGUGUCCAGCCUCAACAUACAGGUUGAAGAUGGCAUGAAUGUCUUGAUCACGGGUCCAAAUGGCUGUGGGAAGUCCUCUCUGUUUCGGAUCCUGUCUGGACUGUGGCCGGUUUAUGGAGGCGCUUUGUACAGACCUGAGCCAGAGCACAUGUUUUAUAUCCCCCAAAGGCCGUACAUGUCUGAGGGCACACUGAGGGACCAGGUGAUCUACCCAGACUCUGUGGAGAACAUGAGGAGCAGAGGCGUCUCAGACUCUGACCUGGAGAAGAUCCUCAAGACUGUCCACCUGCUCUACAUCCUGGACAGGGAGGGAGGCUGGGAGGCAGUGAGUGACUGGAAGGACGUGUUAUCUGGAGGAGAGAAGCAAAGGAUGGGCAUGGCGAGGAUGUUCUAUCACCGACCCAGAUAUGCUCUCCUGGACGAGUGCACCAGCGCUGUCAGCAUCGAUGUGGAAGGAAGCAUUUUCGAGGCCGCAAAGGAUGCUGGGAUAGCUCUGCUGUCAAUUACACACAGACCCUCACUAUGGAAGUACCACUCUCACCUCUUACAGUUUGACGGCGAGGGCGGAUGGAAGUUCGUGCCUCUCGACGCCUCCACUCGUCUGUCUCUGCAGGAGGAGAAGCAGCGUUUGGAGACGUCUCUGUCCGGAGUCCCCAAAAUGCAGCAGAGACUCGCUGAACUCUGUGUCCUGUUAGGAGAGAAGGAGGGAGAGAGCGAGGGAGGAGAGGAGCCAGGAGACGAGUGAAGAGAGGAGGAGGGAGGAGAGGAGGAGGGAGAGAGUGAGGACAGGAGGAGGGAGAGAGUGAGGAAACGAGUGAGGAGAGGAGGAGGGAGAGAGCGAGGGAGGAGAGGAGCCAGGAGACGAGUGAAGAGAGGAGGAGGGAGGGAGGAGCAAGAAGAUGAGUGAAGACAGGAGGAGAGAGAAAGCGAGGAGACGAGUGAGGAAAGGAGGAGGGAGGAGAGGAGCGAGGAGAGGAGGAGGGAAAGAGAGCGAAGGAGGAGAGGAGUGAAGAGACGAGUCAAGAGACGAGUGAAGAGAGGAGGAGGGAGAGCGCGUUCAGGGGAGGAGAGGAGUCAGGAGAGGAGUAAGGCGAGGAGGAGGCAGAGCGAGGAGAGGAGGAGGAGGCAGAGAGCGAGGGAGCGAGGAGCCAAGCGUGGAGAGGAGGAGGGAGAGAGCGAGGGAGCGAGGAGAGAAGAAGGCAGAGAGCGAGGGAGCGAGGAGACGAGCGUGGAGAGGAGGAGGGAGAGAGCGAGCACCGAUGGAACGCACCCAUUUCUUUACCCUUGUGUAUUACUGUGAAAGAAUAUAUUCAAUGAACAGACUGAAAUAUGUAGUGACAUUUACAUUAGACCUGAGGCUGUUUCCAAAUGAGCCACGUUUUACAUUAUCGUUUUAUUAGUGUUAACAUGAAGCAAAAAACAGAAGAUUACUAAAAAAUUCAUUGUAAUUAACUAUAUAAAUUAAGUCCAUCUAUUAAUAUUAAUUAUUAUGUGCCGUUAUUUGGCGUUUGAUCAAAGUUUUGCACAUUCACUUUUAACAGUACCUCCUUUAGUCCUUUUAUUGGAAAUGAUUACAAAUUUAAAAGUGAAAGAUUCAGCACUUAUUUAUUACAAAUUCUAACAUAAAGUAUAAUUAUUAUUUUAUGCAAGAUAAAAACCACUAUGAUUAAGAAUUAGUUAUCAUGAUGUUUUUAGAAAUGUAAAAAAACAAACCAAAAAAGCAAACUCAGAGAGUAUCGAUUUAAGUUGUAUUAUUUUAAAAAGAAGAAAAGACAAAUCAACUCUAAAACUAACCAGAAUAUGCCUUAUUGAGAUGAGAUGUUUUUCAGCGUUUGUGAAAAGGUCAAAUUAUUCUGUGCCAAUUACUGCCUUUUACUGUUCAAUUUUGUACUGUAAUAUAAGAUGUUAAUUAACCAGGUCAAGCCGUGAUCGAUGUAAAGAGCUGCUGGGGAUUAUUUUAAGUGUUUUUAUGAUGCUUAGUUAUUUGUAUUUAGUAGAAAAUAAAUGCUAUUAAUCAAUA